AGCUGCUUCUAGGUGUCCUUAGCGAAUGCCAGACCGAGCGCUCUGGCCAUCUAGCAAAUCCUGAGCAGGCUUGGGUACAGGCGACCAAUCAGUGCCCUGCUGUCCAGGCUGAACGAGUCGAACGCGGAAUCAGAGAUCAGGCUCAGGGCGGCUCAGGGCUGCAGCUCAGCAAGCCGGGCCUAGCUUUGAGUCCCGGACCCUCCAACUCGGACUCUGCGCCUGCGCCUGCCUGGCAGCCGGCGCGGCUGCGGUCUCCGCGGCUGCAGUGCACCGCCUGGGUAUUUGGGCAAUCCAUGGGCAGCAGCGAGGGCCGCGAUGACAGAUUACGGCGAGGAGCAGCGCAACGAGCUGGAGGCUCUGGAGUCCAUCUACCCCGACUCCUUCACAGCUGUACAGACUACCCUCAAAUUCACAUACAGUGAAAAAUAUCCAGAUGAGGCUCCCCUUUAUGAAAUAUUCUCCCAGGAAAAUCUAGAAGAUAAUGAUGUCUCAGACAUUUUAAAAUUAUUAUCAUUGCAGGCUGAAGAAAAUCUUGGUAUGGUGAUGAUCUUUACUCUAGUGACAGCUGUGCAAGAAAAAUUAAAUGAAAUAGUAGAUCAGAUAAAAACCAGAAGAGAGGAAGAAAAGAAACAAAAAGAAAAAGAAGCAGAAGAAGCAGAAAAGCAAUUAUUCCAUGGCACUCCUGUUACAAUUGAGAAUUUCCUAAGUUGGAAGGCCAAGUUUGAUGCAGAACUCUUGGAAAUUAAGAAGAAACGGAUGAAAGAAGAAGAACAAGCUGGAAAAAGCAAAUUAAGUGGGAAACAGCUCUUUGAAACAGAUCAUAAUCUCGACACAUCUGAUAUCCAGUUCUUGGAGGAUGCUGGAAACAAUGUGGAGGUAGAUGAGUCAUUGUUCCAGGAAAUGGAUGAUUUGGAGCUGGAGGAUGAUGAAGACGAUCCAGACUACAAUCCUGCUGACCCAGGGAGUGACUCAACAGACUAACGGCCUGUCUCCAGAGAGGCUUGAUUGCCACAGCAUCUGUGGCUAUGCUGAGAGGGUUUUGAAUUUCCUUCCUUUUUUUCUAAGAAAAAAAAUUAAUUUUCAGGAGAAUAUUCUUCUGAUAGCUUUCAUCAUUGAACUCAAUAAACUGACCUUAAAAUUUCAAAUAUAAAAUGUUCACUUUCUCUUGUUGAUGAACAGAAAGUUACAUAUUUAAAAUCAUUCAGUGUUGGAGAGUGAGCCUGCCUGUAACAUCAAAACUUGAAGAUAGGCUGCUGCUGUAUGUGUGGGUUUAUAUACAAAGAAUUGGAAUAAUUCAGAAUUUCUAAGAUGGAGAUAGUGAUUACUUUUGGAUUU